ACUCGAGGACACAAUCUCCAAUGUCUACUAAGUAUUUCCGGCAAGCUCAAGACGGCGUGCCCGUGUGCGGACAAACUGCAUCGCUCUAUAAGUAACCCAGUAUGAGGACGUCCGCAAAGGCAUCUUUCACUUCAUAUUUCUUUGACAAAACUUCCUUUCCAUCUUUGAAUUACUUCCCUCUUGUAUAUAUUGUCUCACCAUGGGCUUCUGGAGCGGUAUUGCGGAUGCCUUUUCACGCGAUGGAAGCGCAACACUCUUCUGUGAGAAACUUCCAGUUGUUGGAUAUGUCACCGCAGGUGUUCAGUUCGUAGCAGGCAACCCUGAGCAUGCGAAACGCGCUGCUGCUACAGCUACAAAUUCCACACUCACGACUGGAGGCGCUGCCCUUGGGUUUAUGGUUGGCGGACCUCCGGGUGCUGUGGCUGGUGCUAUGCUGGGAUCGACGGCUGGCAUUGGGUGCGAGUACGGAAUCAGCACGGCCAUUAACGAUGAGGGUGUGAAAGGGAAUGUGGGCGAAGUGAGCAUCAAGAAGAUCGUUGUUGAUGGAGCGCUGUCUGGAAUACUCCCCGGAGGACAAACAGCAGUUAGCAGAACGCUUGAUAGCGCAGUCGGUAGCAUAGCCCCCAGGGAAGAUGUAAAAACCGGCUAGCCCAGCGGUCUAAACAUAUCUUCUUACAGUUGUUUACACUAGCCUAACACAAUUGAAGAGAAGGACCUAGUACGAGUAGCAUGAGCAAUGGUAUCCAGGAUCGUUCAGCUACUGUCAAAUACUAUCGCAAUCGGAGGACCACAAACAGAUGUUAUGAGAGCUUCUAAGGUCUUAGUGAUGGCGAUUGAUGUAUCAAGGCAUUCGAUAGACAGAUAUGCUUCUAUACGAUGUGAGCCCGUUUGGACAAUAGAGGCCGAUUUUACGCUUUCCCUGAAGAAGGUCCAUGUUGCUACUUGUAAUGCGUCUGCCUGCUGAUCUCUAACAGCCUUUGAAUAAGGAAAUAUAUUCUUCGCAUUCUCAGGUUAUAG